UUUUUCUAACUUUAAUUUUCUUAUCACCGUCAUUCGGCGUUUUUCAUGAUCAUACUAAUUAACCAUCUCUCACCGUUUGAUCACAUUCCAACCUCCAUUCUCAUCCCUUGAUCACCUUCUUAUCCGUAAUACAUCAUUUCUUGUGCAGUUGCAGUAGAUGUGGAAAUAGAGGAAAAUAUAAAAAGGCAUAUAUAUAAACCAACCACAGAUACUUUGACUCUCUAAUCUGUCUCUCAUUAUAGUACAGAAAACCCUUUUCUAUUUCUCUAUCUGAAAAUCACUGCACCAUAAAGACCAGGUUUUUGAAGCAACAUUUGUGAAAAUGGAAAAUGGGGUAGUAAUGGUAGAUAAUAAGAUUGCGGAAGAAAGACUUGCCAAUGAGGAAGUGAAGGUGAGGUUUGCUGGUGAUUCCGGUGAAACAGAAGAACCAGUAGGUGAGGUUUUUGAGGAGGCAAGUGCAACACUGGAGAAUUUGCAAGAACAGGGAGAAAAAUCUGGAGUGGAUGAAGGCGGUUUAGUUGAGGAUGCAAUUGGAAAUGUUGAGACAUUUGGCGAUACUGGUUCAGUGGUAGUUAAGGAGAACUUGAAUUUAGAACCUGAAGCAGAGACCUUUCAAGAGGCUAUUGAAACUCAGGAGAACGCCGUUCCAAGUGAGGUUGGAACUCAGGAGGCUGUGGCAGAGUUGGUGGACCAGCAGAAAGGUGAGAGUGUUGGUGGUGGUGUGGUGUUGGAUAAGAUUGACGAGGGAGGGACUGAAAUGGGCAAAAAGAAUGAUGAAUUGAAAGGUGGGAAGGAAGUACCUGAAAUCAGUGGUACUGGAGAAGCAGAAGUUCCGAUGGAUGAGGAAAAAAGAAAUCUUAAGUCUGAUUCAGGAAUGGAGAUGCCUGUAAAAGGAGUUACUGAUCAGGGAAAAGAGAGUACGGAAGUGAAAUGUGCCACAGCUGAUCUUGGUUCAGUAGACGGAGAUGAAGAUGAAAAGGUUUUCGCUGCCGUGGAGUUGGAGGAUAACAUGAACGGAGAACUAAAAGAUUUAUUGAAUGCUAGAGACAUGAAGCUUAAUAGUGAGAUUGAUGAACUGAAAGAUGGGCUAUCUGAGCCAAGGAAAUCUGUUGAAGAGACAGUUGCUUCUGCAGAUGAACUAAAAGAUUUAUUGAAUGCUAGGGACAUGAAGCUUAAUAGUGAGAUUGAUGAACUGAAAGAUAGGCUGUCUGAGCCAAGGAAAUCUGUUGAAGAGACAGUUGCUUCUGCAGAUGAACUAAAAGAUUUAUUGAAUGCUAGGGACAUGAAGCUUAAUAGUGAGAUUGAUGAACUGAAAGAUAGGCUGUCUGAGCCAAGGAAAUCUGUUGAAGAGACAGUUGCUUCUGCAGAUAGAAACUUAUCCUCUUCAGAAAAGUUUGCAGAUGAGAGGAAUGAGAAGAUUGAGGCUGGUAAAGCUGAUAAGAUUGACGAAGCAGGUACUGAAAUGGGCGAAAAGACUGAUGAAUUGAAUGGUGGGAAGGAAGCACUUGAAAUCAAUGGUACCGGAAAAACAGAAGUUCCAGGGGACGAGGAAAAAAGAAGUCUCAAGUCUGAUACAGUAAUUGAGAUGCCUGUAAAAGGAGAUACUGAUCAGGGACAAGAGUGUACAGAAGUAAAAGGGGCUACAGCUGGUCUUGAUUCAGUGGAUGGUGGAGAUGAAGAUGAAAUCAAUGGUACCGGAGAAACAGAAGUCCCAAGGGAUGAGGAAAAAAUAAGUCUCAAGUCUGAUACAGCAAUUGAGAUGCCUGUAAAAGGAGAUACUGAUCAGGGAAAAGAGUGUACAGAAGUAAAAGGGGCUACAGCUGGUCUUGAUCCAGUGGAUAGUGGAGAUGAAGAUGAAAAAGCAAAUAAGGCUUUUGCUGCUAUGGAGGUGGAGGAUAACAUGAAUGGAAAAGUAGAACAUUUAUCAUAUGCUAGGGACAUGAAGCAUAAUGGUGAGAUUGAUGAACUGAAACAUACGCAAUCUGAGCUGAGUAUAUCUGUUGAAGGAACAGUUGCUUCUGCAGUUGGAAACUUGUCCUCUUCAGAAAAGUUUACAGAUGAAAGGAAUGAGAAGAUUGAGUCGGGUAAAGCUGAUUUGAGGACAGAGGUUCAUGAUGGUUUUCAAUCUCGGCUCCCUGAUGAAAUGGUGGGUAAUAAAUGUCAAGAUAUUAAUUUUGUGAUUGAACAUUCUGAUGAUAAAGCAGAGAAAAAUCAACAAGAUAAGCAAAGCACCCAAGUGACCAUAGAGCAGGAAGUGCAACAUGCUCCAGGAUCUUCAGUGUCUGCUAAAGCCAAAGAAUUUGGGAAAAAAGUGGACAUGGCUCAGGAGCCUAAGCCAAACAACUCUGUCACUAGAGAAUGUGAAAUUCUACCUGCUCCAGCAUUGUCAUCAUCUGUUAAAUCUACUAACCCUGCUAUCUCUUCUCAUCCUGCUGGCCUGGGGCGCGCUGCUCCAUUAUUGGAACCUGCCGCCAGGGUGGUGCAGCAGCCUCGUGCAAAUGGAAGUGUCUCUCAGGCACAGGCACAGGCACAGGCACAACAAAUUGAAGAUACUGGCAAUGUGGAGGCUGAGGAGAAUGAUGAGACUCGCGAAAAGCUUCAGUUGAUUAGAGUUAAGUUUUUGAGGCUUGCAAAUAGGCUCGGGCAGACUCCCCAUAAUGUUGUUGUGGCACAGGUUUUGUACAGACUAGGAUUAGCUGAGCAGCUCCGGGGGAGAAAUGGGGGCCGGGUUGGUGCCUUCAGCUUUGACCGUGCAAGUGCUAUGGCUGAACAGCUUGAGGCAGCUGGAAAUGAACCCCUUGAUUUCUCCUGUACAAUUAUGGUCCUUGGGAAGACCGGAGUUGGUAAAAGUGCUACUAUUAAUUCAAUAUUUGAUGAAGUCAAGUUUGGCACUGAUGCUUUCCAGACUGGUACCAAAAAGGUUCAGGAUGUUGUGGGUACUGUGCAUGGUAUCAAAGUUCGUGUAAUUGACACACCAGGCCUUCUUCCUUCCUGGUCUGACCAAUGCCAGAACGAGAAGAUCCUUCACUCCAUUAAGCGUUUCAUUAAGAAAACACCUCCAGAUAUUGUGUUGUACCUUGAUAGGUUGGACAUGCAAACGAGGGAUUUUGGUGAUAUGCCCCUCUUGCGUACCAUAACUGAGGUCUUUGGUCCCUCUAUAUGGUUUAAUGCAAUUGUGGUUUUGACCCAUGCAGCUUCUGCUCCACCAGAUGGUCCUAAUGGUACUGCUUCUAGCUAUGACAUGUUUGUCACUCAACGUUCUCAUGUUGUACAGCAGGCUAUUCGUCAGGCAGCUGGGGAUAUGCGACUCAUGAAUCCUGUUUCAUUAGUGGAGAAUCACUCUGCAUGUAGAACAAAUAGGGCAGGCCAGAGAGUAUUGCCAAAUGGUCAGGUCUGGAAGCCUCAUUUGUUGUUGCUUUCCUUAGCAUCUAAAAUUCUAGCCGAGGCAAACACGCUUUUGAAGUUGCAAGAUACUCCCCCAGGAAAGCCUUUUGCUACUCGAGCAAGAACACCUCCUUUACCUUACCUUCUUUCAUCUCUUCUUCAAUCAAGACCGCAAGUUAGGCUUCCUGAAGAGCAGUAUGGUGAUGAGGAUGGAUUAGAUGAUGAUUUGGAUGAAUCCUCCGACUCCGAGGAUGAACCAGAAUAUGAUGAGCUGCCACCUUUCAAGCGGUUGAGUAAAGCACAAAUAGCAAAGCUUAGUAAAGCUCAGAAAAAAGCAUAUUUUGAUGAGUUGGAAUAUAGAGAAAAGCUUUUUAUGAAGAAGCAACUGAAGGAAGAGAAAAAGCAGCGAAAGAUGAUGAAGAAAAUGGCUGCUGCAGCCAAGGAUCUGCCAAGUGAGUAUGGUGAAAAUGCAGAAGAAGAAAGUAGUGGUGCUUCUUCUGUUCCAGUUCCCAUGCCAGAUUUGGCGUUGCCUGCUUCUUUUGAUUCUGAUAAUCCAACUCAUCGCUAUCGUUCCCUUGAUUCCUCCAACCCAUGGCUUGUUAGGCCAGUUCUAGAUACUCAUGGUUGGGAUCAUGAUGUUGGUUACGAAGGUAUUAAUGUCGAAAGACUGUUCGUUGCAAAAAAGAAAUUUCCUAUUUCAUUUUCUGGCCAGGUUACAAAGGACAAAAGGGAUGCCAAUGUCCAAAUGGAACUGGCCAGUUCUUUAAAGCACGGGGAAGGUAAAGCAACUUCAUUGGGUUUUGAUAUGCAGACUGUUGGAAAGGACUUAGCCUAUACACUGCGCAGCGAGACCAGGUUUAGUAAUCUGAAGAAGAAUAAGGCAAUGGCUGGCAUCUCAGUUACACUCUUAGGUGAUGCACUAUCAGCUGGAGUGAAAUUUGAAGACAAACUGAUUGCUAAUAAGCAGUUCCAAGUAGUCAUGGCUGGGGGUGCUAUGACUGGACGUGGCGAUCUUGCUUAUGGGGGCAGCUUGGAAGCACAAUUGAGGGAUAAAGAUUACCCUUUGGGUUGCUCCUUAUCUACACUUGGCCUAUCUAUCAUGGAUUGGCAUGGAGAUCUUGCCAUUGGAUGCAAUAUACAGUCACAGGUGCCUGUUGGACGGUCUACGAAUCUAAUAGCUCGUGCCAAUCUGAAUAACAAAGGUGCAGGACAAGUCAGUUUACGAAUAAAUAGCUCUGAACAGCUUCAGGUUGCUUUGAUUGCUGUCCUUCCUUUACUGAAAAAACUAUUUGAAUAUUCACAUCAAGUGCAGUAUGGACAAUGAUGAGAAUUAGGUUGCUACGGAUAAGACAAAUUUUUAAAAAUGGCCAACUCUCUGUGGUCUUUCAAGAGGUGAGUGAAACUCUGAAAGUAAGGUGCUGAAAUUUCUAUAAUAUUUUUCUACCAUUUCUUUUAUCUUUGCUGGAUAUGGUGAUUGUAGUUUUGUUGUUUAGAUAUUUUGCAUAAUAAGGUUAUUUUUGUUCCCAUGAAAUCAUCCUCUCCUCAAUCAAGAGUUGCUUCUUUUCUCACUUUCCUACAUUAUUAAUAUACUAUAGGAUAAAUCGCCAGAAUAUUCUACAAAUAGGUGUAUUUACAUGUAUAUAAUUAAUGAUGAGGUGGCAUUUCAAUAUUCAUCAUGGCCGGAAUUAGAAAUGUAGUUGCACAUUAUAAAAGAUCACUUGCAAGGGGGUUAACUUGCAGGUGACACCGCCUGAGCCAGUAUGAAGCGUAAGGCAGUGAUGAGGACGCCUUUAGUGCUGCAAUCUGUGAGGUCCCUGUUCUUUUGGGGGAUAACAGCUGCAAUUGAAUUGUAAGGGGUCUUCUUUUCCCUUGAGGGCCUUCCCAAAGGGUCAUAGCAGUCUCAUUUCUCUUGGCGGCCAUUGCAUAGAUAAGAGCAACCUUUGACUCGGGGUCAGUACUCUCCAGUAGCAUGUCUUCCUUUUCAACCCUCAGCUGCCAAGACUAAUAAGGUCCAGGGAAUUAGUUGGCCGUAAAAGCUGAGAGGAGCAUUGAUGAAAGGAGGUGUGAGCAACAUGCAAACAUGUGAAAAGCCAGACACCAAGUUUUCUUGCUAACUUGACUUCAAUUCCCUUUUAUUUUCAACUGCUAACACAUGUCCUGAUGCGGUACUUCUCAUUUUUAAUAAUUGCUAGCGUGCCUGCAUGAGCGGGAGCUGAUUGGUGUGUAUAAAUUUUAGACCAGAAAGAGUCUGUUAUGAUUUGAUUAGAACAAUGCAUCAUAAAAAUAUACUUCAAACA